AUGCGACCGCUUCCUGGCGGCGACGCCCUAUCUUCCAGUGUCAAGCCUCGGUCGCGCAAGUCUAGCGUCGAUCAUGCUGUCGCGUCCAGCCAUGUCCCCACUGCCUUCUUCAUGAGGAGCGAGGAGGAGAUGGAGCAGUCGCUGGCUUCUUCCUCCAACACACAACCCCCUGCAAGACUGCAAGAUAGCACAUUUGGUGUGCAGAGUCUGGCCGACACGCUCGAAGCUGCUUUUGGUUCCGAAAGGACGCCAACUGCUAGACGGACUGGGAGCUUUCACAGUACGCAAUCAUCCGAGAAGAAGACAUCCAGAGCAGAGUCACACAGCUCGGCCAGCAGUUCAGUAAAGCUACCAGGCAGCUUCAAGACUGUUCCUCAGCGCAGGCCGAGACGGAAACUCUCCAGUCAUGCCAGCUCGACGCCCCUCACGCCCCUCCAAACCGAUGCACCCUCGCCAGGACCCAUGUCCGGCAUGCCGAGCACCCCGAGUGCCAUCUCGCUACAAUCGCUGAAGCUGUCCGACGAAGAUUCUAUCAUGGACGAGUCUGGAAGCCAAGCUGUAACCUCGAGCGGAGAGGAGGACGGGGCAGAAGCGACGACGCAACAAGCUUCCAUGGCCAGCUUUCCACAGUUGGUCAUGCCCAGCAUUCAGAUGCCGUCGAGGAGGCCUUUCACCACCAAGGGUAAAGCCAUGGGAAAGCUGAAGAUAAUGGUCGCCGGAGAGUCGGUCCAAGUCUGCGAAGACAUUGUGCACGUCGACCCUCUAUCUCCUCCCAAGUCGACCACUCAUGCGCCGCGAUCUGCCUCCAAGUCUCGCAGACGAAGUUCCGACAGGCCACGGCCAGCUGCGAUCACAGAGAUACAUGCCAGCACAAAGCCAUAUCCGCCUUGGUGGUCAGAUAUGGAGGAGAGUCGACAGCUGCGAAGGCGGAAGAGUAGCCUCGAUGCGGUGCUGGAGCGGAAUAUAUGCUUCGUAGACACACCUGGCUUCGCACGGGGCGAGGCGGAGAAGGACGAUAUGGACCGGGUGGUUGAGUAUGUCGAGUCUUUGCUUUAUCAAAUGUCUUCGGUGACCACGAUGGAAGACAGCGAUGUCCUUGGUGUCAUCAGCGGCAGUGGAGGAGUUGCGAUAGACCUGGUUCUCUAUCUCUUGCCACCAAACAAGGAUAUAUCAGCAGACAUUGUAUUCAUGCAACGCCUCUCGGCUUUGACCAACGUCGUCCCCGUCAUUGCGAAGUCAGACACACUUUCGGCGCAAGAGGACAUCGCGCUCAAAACCAACAUCCUCGCUCGACUACAAACAGCUCCCGCGAUUCCGUUCAUGUUCGACAAGACACUGGAAGACGCUCUAUUGGCGGCUCAGAGUCUCUCCAUCAUCCACCCAGAAGUGCAGACAUCACAGCCGGGCCAGUAUCCUUUCACAAGUCCAACAUACCCUUACGCCAUAUCCUCGACACCUGGUCCAGACCACGAGACUAUGGACGCGUCGCUUCUCAUGUCGCCGGAAUACGUACAACCUCUUCUCCCUUCUGAACUUGCUACACUCGUGGAGCAAGUGUUUGAGCCAGAUUCUAUUGCUUGGCUGCGACAUUCGGCAGCAAAGAAGUUCCUGGCAUGGCGGAAGAGAACCACCUUGCCUGGAGACUCAUUUAUCCUAAAGAGCCUGCAGCAACCACGAAGCCCCACAACGGCGUCAGUGGGGUUGAACAGGGCUGCAAUGAAUUGCGUCCUCGUCCCGCAAUCCGCCUCCCCCUUCUACCCCUCCAACCUCCAAUCGCCCUUCCGCACCUCCUCGCCCUCCCUCGACCUCGAAAACCCCACCUCCUUCUCCCUCACACGUAUCAACCAACCCGACCCAGACAUUCGCAUUGCCAAAUGGGCCACGGACCUCCAGCGCAGCCUGCGCAACGAACGCACCCGUUUCGAAGAACUGCAGCGCGCCGACCGCGCGAAAUGGCUGCUCGAACAAGUCGCCGAAGAAGUCUCGCGCGGCGGCAUCGUUGCUUCGCCGAACAGUCCGAGAGCGGAUUGGGCGGUUGUGCGCCGCGCGGAUGGCAAGGGCGAGGAGCGGUAUGGCAAGCAUGAGGGACUGGACUCGAGGGAUCCCCUGGGCAUUUGCAGGAUUACGGAUGAGGUGAGGAAGAGGGGGUUUGUGGUUGUCAAGGUGCUGGGCGGGGUUAGUAUGCUGGGGGCAGUGGUGGUGGCGGUUGUCAGGGCGUGUGGCGGGGAGGUAGGAGUACAGCGUGCAUGGUGGUGUUGGGUGCCAGGUUCCGAGUGGUGA